AUGGCGAGAUUACCUAGGCCCGCGGGAGCAUUAAUUAGGCUGCAGGGGAUUUGGGCUCGCGGUUAUUGGGGGUGCUUGUCACGGUGGCCACUGGAGGUGCAGGGAGGAGGCUUGCAGCAGCGGUGCACCGAGGCGAAGUGGCACGGUGACGUUAUGGGUUUGCCGCGAAGUGGGGGAUGGGUGCUGACUGUUCCGGUGGUUGGAUGGGGCUCGCAGUGGGUACGAGGAUGGAGGUCGUGGAGAUUGGCUCGGGUUAAUGAUAGGUGUGGGCUGCGAUUGAGGUGGCGCGACCGAGAAAGAGAGGCGCUAUAUCGUGGAGGCGUGACUGGUGGCUUGGGAUACAAUGGAGGUGUUGGCACGACGAAAUCGGGGGGUCGACGAUGA